AUGGGUAACGACGGAGGCUCCAUCCCCAAGCGUCACGAGCUCGUCAAGAAUGCCGCGCGCGCCAAAACAACAUCCGAACUAAAAGCCACAACCCUCGAAGCCCUCGCCCAUGCAUGGUCACACUGCGCACUCAGCGGCGAACCUCUCGAUAUCGAUACUCUUGUCUCCGACUGGCGCGGGCGCCUAUACAACUACGAAGCCAUUCUCAACGGCCUCAUGCCCUCCGACGAACCCGUCGAUGUCACACCUGCGAGUCUGGGUAUCAAGUCACUACGCGAUGUGGCAAAGCUCAAGGUUUCCAAGAACGGCGAUAAACUUGUGUGUCCUAUUUCCAUGAAAGAGCUAGGCCCCUCUGUCAAAUCUGUGUACCUCGUUCCUUGCGGUCAUGUCUUUGCGGAUGUCGCAAUGAAGGAGAUUCAAGAAAAGACCUGUCCCGAAUGCGGAACGGAAUUUGAGCAAGAGAACAUCAUUGCACUACUUGCGGCGUCAAAAGAAGAUGUGGAGCGAUUGGAGAAGAGGAUUGAGAAACUCAAGGGUGAAGGAUUGACGCAUACGUUGAAGAAGGAUAAGACGGAGAAGAAGAAGAAGCGCAAGGGUGAUGAUGUGAAAGAAGAGGAGAAGGCUGCUAAGGAUACAAAGAAGAGCGAGGAUGCGAGAAUUAGUGGGAUUAAUAAUUCUUUUGCGGCGAGUUUGACGGCGAAGGUUUUGGCGGAGCAGGAUGAGAGGAAUAAGAGGAGAAAACUUGUGGCGGAGGCUGCUAGAGGGUGA